AUGCCUGAUCCAAUCAAGGUCAUUUACAUCGUCUUUCGCAAGGACUUCGAUGACUCUGAUACAGAAGAAGACGGGAGAUUAGCCCCUCCGAUAGGCAUAUUUCGAUCAGCCGAUACCGCUAAUGAAGCCGCAAAGCUGCACUGCAAAAUGCAGGCUCGUAACAAAUCCUACGACGGUAAUGAUACGGAGCACGAGUUGAGGGACGGCCUGUAUGUGGGCUGGUGUUAUACGCUCGAGCAUUGGCGGGAUUACUUCGAAGUCUGGGUUGAGAUGAAGAAGUUUGACGAUGCCGAAGAGACUCCGGAAACUAGGAAAAGGAAUUUUCUAGAGGAGGCUGCGGAAAACUCGAGAAGGGCACAGAAUGCGCCGAGGGCUAAAUAUUAUUGGCGCAGCCAAACAUGA